ACUCGUCGAAUGUUCUCGUGUGAAGUUUUUGUAUUUUGUUUAUCUGUUUGCCACACUAAUCUCUACGGAACGCUUGCAUACUGUACCUGCAACAUUCACAGAAACUAUUUAAAGGUAAGAUACGUUUUAGUUUUGUGUAAAAUAUUAUAUAAUACUUGCAUUUAAAAUUUUAAAUAUUUGCAAAUGUGGGCGCUAUCUCGAAUGAUCUCAAAUAUGCUUGUUGAAUAUUAUUUGUAUUUCUUUUUCUAUUUUGUAUAUGAUAACAUGGGAUCUUGGGAUAUGGGCUUUUAAAAAAAUAUUUUGUUGAUCGAAUAUAGAUGAAUAAGAAAAUAAAUUCUACAUUCUGCUGCCUGUACUGGCCUAGAUCUAUAUUUUACGUGUAUUACAUAACUUCCUGCCUUUGUCUUGAUAACAAUUAUUACAUAACUUCCUAUGUUUGUCUUGAUAACAAUUUCAUUAUGGGCCAGUUUGUACUACACUCAAUUUUGGUACCUGUACCAUAUUUAUCCGUGUUUGGAUAACCUAUUCACAAAGACUGAGCACGGAUCAAUUUGUUUGCCAGAGCAAAAAUUGGGUGUACUGUACUGUACUGUACUGUGCCCAAUCUAACUUUAUAUAUUCUAGAUAUAAAGGCCUAAAAAAAUACCUGUUUGAAUUUGCUGGGCAAUUUUCAGUAGAGUCCCGACAUCAAUGUUACACGGCAAAAAAUGCUGAGCCUGCUGCUCAACAGGAUUGAACAAUGUUUUGCUGUCCACGUUGUUCACACUUGUCAACAAUAUUGAACAAUAUUGAUCAUUAUUGUUGAGCCUGAAUCGGGUGUAACAGCAUUGUUCAAUAUUGUUGACAGCUAUGAACAAUGUGGGCAGCAAAACAUUGUUCAAUCCUGUUUUCAUCAGUAUUGCAUCAACCUGAGCGUUUUUUCACGUGUAACUAGAGAUGCGUAUUUUCUAUGAACGAAUUUGGUUCAAUAAUUAGUGUGACAUAAGUGGUGACAACAGAUGCAUUUUGGCAUGCUGUAUGAGCAGCCUGAAACCACCUGGAGAAAAUAGGGUUGCACAUAGGGGGGGAGGGGGGUUGAAAAAAAUUUUUUUCAGGACAUUCAAAAAAAAGGGUUGGAAAAAUUUUUCCAGACAUAAACCAGUUAAAUUAAGGGUCAAAAAUUUUUUUCUGCACAAAUUCCUAUUAAAACAUGGGUGAAACCCUUAUUUUUGCACCAAUAUCUGUAAAAUUUAGGUCUAGAAAUUCUAUUCAAUUUCUUCUGGAAGCCCUGUAAGUUACUUAAUAACUCUACAUUCUAUCAUUUAAAAUCUUUGAUUGCCCUGCCAAUCCAGAUAAUUCGCCCUGCCAAUCCAGAUGAUUCAUACUUCACCCCCCGAACCCCCCCCCCUCAAGUUUCGCCCCUGGUUAGCUUUGCAAUUUCCACACCCAAUAUUCCAAGUUUAGAAAUGUAAUUGCGAAUACUCGCAACGAACUUGGGAAUUGCCCUUUGAAACGUGACCUGGAACGACAAUAAUGGUUUUAUCCAAGAUGACAUUGUAUUAUAUAUGUAGUACUUGUUAUCUACCAUAGUGCAGAAUAAAAAUAUUGAUAUAUUUUUGUGCUUGUUAUUAGGGAAUUUUACCUGUUACUAAGUUGUGGCCUCAAAGUGCAGCUCGCCAUGUCAGAACAAAGCGAAAUGACGACAAGCCCUCCAAAUGA